AUGAACCAUGAGCCCGCCUCGACGCUCCCGCUCGACCAUGCGCAAAGGAGCGAUCGUGUGAAGCGCAACAAGGCCACCUUCAACAAGAAGCGUCACGCCUUCUUGCAAGACUUGCUGCGCAACAUCGACCUCUUGAUCUAUGCUGAGCUGUCUGCCAUCUACUACAUGGACUGCUCCUUCAUCCGCUUCCUAGCUCGAGCAGUCAUACAAUUUAUCUUUCUGACACCCAAACCCGCCUUCCUUCCCGAGCCUCCACAUCCUAGGCCCUAUCUCGCUGCCAUCUUUGGUUCCAACUUGUUGAUCAUUCUCUUGCAUAUACUCCUCCCCCAACCCGAAGCUGGCGAGGCUACCAGAGGCUAUCUACAUGGCGGCCUGGCCAUGGACUUUGUCGGCCAGAAGGGACCCACGUCAAAGUUCCAUCUGGUCCUGCUGGAUAUCCUGAUACUGCUCAUGCAGCUUGUUCAUCUGGCUGCGUCUACCACUCGUCAACGAGUGAAGCAACAGACUUCUUCGACCACCACGCCUCCAACAGCAGUUCAGAACCACGACUUUGAGGAGCGAGGCCAGCAUAGAGCUGACCACCAGCCGGUAGAUCAAGAGUUGCACUCCUUGAAUCCAGCCCACGGCCCCCCAGAAGGCACCGAGUCAGCUGCUCAGCCAGAUGCAGAGACAGACGAGAGACAGGCUCUGUUGGCCUCGACGGCGCCCCGCACAGACUCGUACAUCUUUGACGCCUUCAACAGCGGUGAGAUUAUGGUUGCCCAUCUAAAUCUCUUUGAUGUGAUCAAAACACAUUUAAAGGAGAUGCGUGACCCCGUUCAGCCCACGAGCACGGCUCCUUCUACGGCCGGUGGCCUGCGUGCCAGACUAGCAGACCGCAGUGCCUUUUUCCGCAUGCGGAUUGGUGGUGAUCGUAUUUUCAAUGUCUAG